AUGAACCAGGCUCACUGGCUCGAUCAAUACGCCUCGGACUACCACGAAUGGCAUGGGGUACAGAUUGAUGACAGACAUUGCUUCUACCGGCCCUUGGGUAUAGUAGAGACGGCUUUCGACUCAGAUGGCAUCUACUAUGAAGGCCGUGCGGACGUGAAUGCCUAUAUCGAACUUGCCGUCAAGCAUUGUCUGUCACAUGUGCAGCUUCGCCAGAGAAUCACUCUAGCAUGGACAGUCCUCCGCUUAUCUCAUGUCCUUCUGCUAGCAAAGGCUGUGGAUCGCAAGCCAUUCAUGACUACUGGUAAUGCCGCUCAAAGACGCUUCUUCUUGAUCGACUCUCCCCAAGAUUCUCAAGAGGCAAUCACAAAUGCCGCCACAUCGUUGUCCUUCGUUGAACAGCCCUUGGACGAACAUGGUCUUGCAAAAUUCUAUCGCCAUGCACAAAACACAGGCCGCGUCGUACAUGCUGAUGAGUUUCUUGCUAAGCUGUUCGUCUUCCCAACAGGUGACAUCGUAGGAUCGGAGACCAGCUUGAAGUUUCUGUUUGUCGAAGGCCAUCAGAUCACUGAUGGGCUGACUAAUUUUACAUGGUUAAGCCAUUUCGUCAGACUUCUCAACACACCUCUAAAGACUCUCGAAGAUGCCGCCAAUGGCCUCUCACGUCGAGCAUCGAUCCGAACUCGACUUCCGCUACCUCAAGAGGAUCUGUAUCCUCGCAUUUCCGGCUUCGCAGCGAAGAGGCGCUGGUUUUGGCUUUUGACACUGGUACUCCGACAUGUGAAGAAACCAAUGCCGGCAGCAUUUCCUAACCCGCUGCGUCGUGAUAUUCCUCUCAAGGAAGCCACCGCAAUGCCUCCAACUUACAAUUCAUAUCUGGACUACAACGCCAAACCCCCAUUGAACACGUUCACGUGUAUGGCCAAAGUUCCGCGGUCCGCAACUAAGAGGCUUCAUCGUUGGUGUCGAGAAGCAGGUACGAGCAUUGGUGCAGGUGCUUUUGUGCUAGUCGCCAUGGUCAUGAUGUCUCUGCAUGAGGACCUUCACCCAGACGAAGCGUCAGGAUUUUGCCGUCCGUUCAUUGGCAGCUUCCCAAUCAAUCCACGGCCCUUCUUCAAGCAUCACGAAGCACCUAACUCCAUGAUGUUAGCAUUCUCGGAUGGUGUGGUACUUCCAUUCUUAUCAUCGUCACUCGAUGUGGAAACUCGCUUCAAGCUUUUGGUCAGGCAGGCACAUCGCCAGCUUGCGUUGUAUCAAAAGCGUGAGAAAGCAGAAGAGUCCAACUCACUCGCCUACAUGGGAAGUAGAGGUGCAGGCAGGGUCAUCGCUAUGAACUAUAUCGGCGCAAUGGAAAGAUUGCGGUCAAAGCUUCCAGAAGAACUUCGACACAGCCUGGGACAUCACAGCCCUCAGGGCGACCUGGCCGCAGCACAGAAUGGAAGUAUGGCUACAUGUGGUGUAAGCUCGGUUGGUCGAUCUGGAUGGCGUCAAGGAGAAUUCGAUGUCAAUGGCGACCUUCGAGAAGGUGAGGAUGCUUUUGUGGCAGACUAUCGCUUCAGUAAACAGAACGUUCGAGCGCGCGACGGUGAAUUUCUCGUGGGAGUAUGGGGCGACGACGACGGAAUUGCUGCCAACUGCCGCAGAGACAACGUUAUGGAGAUCAGUAUCAUACUUCCCUCGAAAAUGUCAAUCAUCACUUCUCCGCCCAUCACUAUUCAAGGCUGUAUCAUCCUUUUAGGCAUCAUUGGAUGUCUGGCUCUCAUUAGAAGGCUUCAAGAGUACAAGCUCAAAGUGGAUAUGCUACCGCUCCCGCCACAACCAUCUGGCUCGUUCCUGAUCGGCAACAUGGCCGAAGUCAUUGCUGCAUCCAAAAUCGGACAACAGCACCUGCUCUUCCAACGGUGGGCCCAAGAAUAUGGAGAGAUAUUCCGUGUUCGCGUUGGUCCCUUCACGGAGUAUUUCAUCAACUCUGAUGUUGCACAGAUUUGCAACCAACUCAAUGUCUUGCUACUCAAUGCUAGCGACCCACGCUGGAAGCAUCAACGCAAAGUGAUCCACUCCGGUCUGACUAGUAUACCAAGAGCAGAUGCUGGUUUACCAUUUCUUUACUACGAGACGGCAAAGUUUAUGCACGAGCUUGCCAACAACCCAACUAUAGGCUGUGAGAGCACAGAAUUGUUUGGUGCGAUUGGGCGGUAUACUUAUAGCACAUUCGCUUCACAGACGUUCGGCAUGGAUAUACCAGACACGAACGAUCCCGCGAUCGACUAUAUCUACGAAACCGGGUUGGCACAAAUCCAGGGCACACUACCCGGCACUCACAUCGUUGAUAUCUUGCCAUGGCUAGACAACCUCCCGAUGUUGCUUAAACCAUGGGAGCGUAGUGCUCGGCAAAGAUUCAAGUAUGACAUGAACUGGUGUGUCGAACGUCUCAUGCGGAUCAGGAAGGGAAGGUCUCGUAAUGUGAUGCAAGAUGCCUUCCUGCCUCGUGUGUUGGAGGACGAGAAGAACCUUGGCUUCAACAGUGUAGAGGAAGCAGCCUACCUUUCGCUACAGCUCAUCAUUGGUGCCGCAGACACCAGUAAGAUGUCGACCUGGUCGUUCUUGGAGGCCAUGAUGACUUACCCCGAAGUCCAGGAAAGGGGACAUCAAGAGAUUAUCAACGUUGUUGGCGAUCGUUUACCUGUCUUUGAAGACCUUGAACAGAUACCUUAUGCUCUCGACUGCAUCUAA